CGCCAUUGCGCUGCUACCGGCUGGCUGCGGUCUUGUAGGGUACGCAGCAUCGCGCCUCGUUCCUGACCCUCCGCUGUCCGGUUCUCCGGCCCGGCCUAAGGCCCGUACCCGGCCUGGUCUCCGCCCUGUCCACCCCCGUCCCCGCGGCGGCGCGCGCGGCCCGCUGGGCGGGAUUCCGGGGAUGAGGCGGCGGCGGCGGUGCGCGGAGAAUAUGCUCGGCAGCUGAGGAGACGCGGCGCCCGGAGCGCGGCGCGACCCACGGGAUGGCUCAGCCGGCCGGCCCGGAGGGCGGCGAGGGGCCUCCGGACCCCGGGGCGGCCGCGGGCCCGCAGCACGCGCUGAGCCUGGAGGAAAUCCUGCGGCUCUACAAUCAGCCCAUCAACGAGGAGCAGGCGUGGGCUGUGUGCUACCAGUGCUGCGGCUCCCUGCGCGCCGCGGACGCCGGCCGCCGCCAGCCCCGCCGCCGGGUGCGCUCGGCCGCGCAGAUCCGCGUGUGGAGGGACGGCGCCGUCACCCUGGCGCCCGCCGCCGGCGACGCGGGAGAGCCGGACGCCGCCGCGGGUAAAUUGGAAUAUUCACAUUGUACAGAAACAGAGGUUAUUGAAUCUUUGGGAAUUAUUAUUUAUAAGGCACUGGACUAUGGCUUGAAGGAGAAUGAAGAAAGGGAAUUAAGCCCUCCCCUGGAGCAGCUCAUCGAUCGCAUGGCCAACACGGUAGAGGCUGAUGGCAGCAAUGAUGAAGGCUAUGAGGCUGCCGAUGAAGGUCUGGAAGAGGAGGAAGAUGAGAAGAGAAAAAUCUCAGCAAUCCGGUCCUACAGAGAUGUCAUGAAGUUAUGUGCUGCUCAUCUCCCAACUGCAUCAGAGGCACCAAAUCAUUAUCAGGCAGUGUGUCGUGCACUGUUUGCAGAGACAAUGGAGCUGUAUACAUUUCUGACUAAAAUUAAGAGUGCAAAGGAGAAUCUGAAGAAGAUUCAAGAAAUGGAGAAGAGUAACGAAUCUAACACAGACCUGGAGGAGCUGAAAAACGCUGACUGGGCUCGAUUCUGGGUGCAGGUGAUGAGGGAUUUGCGGAAUGGAGUAAAACUCAAGAAGGUCCAAGAGCGGCAGUACAACCCUCUGCCCAUUGAAUAUCAGCUCACCCCUUAUGAGAUGCUAAUGGAUGACAUUCGAUCCAAAAGAUACACUUUGCGAAAAGUGAUGGUGAAUGGUGAUAUUCCCCCUCGGUUAAAAAAAAGUGCUCAUGAAAUCAUCCUGGACUUCAUCAGAUCAAGACCUCCUUUAAAUCCAGCCUCAGCCAGAAAACUGAAGCCUACUCCACCGCGGCCACGGAGCCUCCAUGAAAGGAUCCUGGAAGAAAUCAAAGCAGAAAGAAAGCUGCGGCCCGUGUCACCAGAGGAAACCAGACGCGGCAGGUUAGAGCCACCUGUCCUCCCUGACCUGGGGCAUAGGAUGGAUGGGGCUACAGUGGAAAUAGCAAUGCGGCCACUUAGCAUGUCUUACAGUUUUGACUUGUCAGAGGUAGCUACCCCUGAAUCUCCAAAGAAUGUCCUGGAAUCAUCGAUGGUGAAUGGAGGUUUAACGUCACAAUCAAAAGAAAAUGGGGCAAGUGCCGUACAGCAGGUGCCUGUGCAGCGGAAGAAACUCCUCAAAGCCCCAACUCUGGCCGAGCUGGACAGCUCUGACUCGGAGGAAGAAACUCUGCCCAGGUCAGCCAGCAGCAGUGCACCUUCCUCAUUCCUUGAAGCUCCCUUUCUGGAGGCUGUGUCCACAAGGAAGAACCCUCCGAAGUUCUUGCCCAUAUCCUCCACACCCCAGCCAGAACGACGGCAGCCACCCCAGAGACGACAUUCCAUUGAAAAGGAAACACCCACUAACGUGAGACAGUUCCUGCCAGCGUCCAGGCAGAGCUCCCGGUCUCUCGUUCCUAGGAUAACCAGAGUAUGGCCAACGACACCUUUCCGACCGCUUUUUUCUACCCUUCAAACAGCUUCUCUGCUCGGCUCUCACCCUUUGGAGGCAGCCUUGUUGGGGGUAGCAGGGGCUAUGUAUUAUCUGUGUGAGAGAGCUUUUACCAGCAGGUGGAAAUCCGCAAAGGAGGAAUUCUGCUACCCAGUGGAAUGCCUAGCACUUACUGUGGAGGAGGUGAUGCAUAUUCGUCAGGUCCUGGUGAAGGCAGAGCUGGAAAAAUACCAACAGUAUAAAGAUGUCUACACUGCUCUGAAAAAAGGAAAGCUCUGCUUUUGUUGCCGAACCAGGAGAUUUUCCUUCUUCACUUGGUCUUAUACCUGUCAGUUCUGUAAGAGGCCGGUGUGCUCACAGUGUUGCAAAAAGAUGCGGCUGCCCUCCAAGCCAUACUCCACCCUUCCUAUCUUUUCAUUGGGACCUUCUGCCUUGCAGAGAGGGGAAAGUUGUAUGAGGCCAGAAAAACCCUCCACUGGCCACCAUCGGCCACUUCGGAGCAUUGCCAGAUUGUCCUCAAAAUCCAAGUCUGUGGACAAAUCAGAUGAAGAACUCCAAUUUCCCAAAGAGUUGAUGGAGGACUGGAGCACCAUGGAGGUGUGUGUAGACUGCAAAAAGUUCAUUUCAGAAAUCAUCAACUCAAGCCGGCAUAGCCUGGUGCUGGCCAACAAAAGAGCCAGAUUGAAAAGGAAAACGCAGUCUUUCUACGUAUCCUCGGCAGGCCCUUCGGAGUACUGCCCUUCAGAGAGGACCAUCAGUGAGGUCUGAGCCCCGUGCAUUUGUGUGCAGAGUCGCAUUCGUGAGAGAACACUGAGCGGGGCUGUCUUCUCGCCGCAGUUAACUGGUUCGGGUUUGCAUGAGAUCAGGGUUUGGCUGCAUCACACUGUUCCACAGACUGAACACUGUGUUCAUAUCAGCCAGUCCCUUGUCUGCACUGAGAGAGGACAGUAGUUUGAAACUUGCUUCUGUGUGUGUGGUGAUUUGGAGGCCAGAAACUUUUUCCUUAGUUCAGUUCUUUACUGUCACUCAAAUACUUUUCUGACUGAGGCAGAAAGCUUCUGGUGUGAGAAAUCGGUCUAACACAGGCGUCAAAGUCAGCACAGUCUAAGAAGUAAGUCAUAUUGGCAUUUCCACCCGACAGUGUUCCUGCCUGAUGCACACAGAUCCCUGGAGGCUGGGCCAGGCUGUUACCAUCUCACAGCACAGAACCUAUAAGGAUUUGCUCAUGCUCUCAAACUGGUUUUAAAUUAUUGUUGCUCUGAGAUAAAGACUCGGGAGGGACUUUUCUCUGCGCUCCAGUACAAAGCAUCUGAAUAAGCUGUACGCUCAAGUGGGCGCCCAUGUCCCCCACACUGUGUCUGUGCCCGGGCAGUGGGGCGGUGUCUCUUGAGGCAGGUGCAGGGCUUUCCUUAUCUUGAAUGUAUUAUGGUUACUAGUGGUUUUAUAUUGGAGGUCUAAGAUUUAAAGUUUUGUGGCAUUUGGGGACAAGGGCAGGCUAGAAGUUUGUCCAAAAGUUGAGUAUUUUGGCCAAUAGGAGAAGGGCUGUGAGUGCGUCGGCCACGCCGCAGGGAACGAGCUGGAGCGCUCACAUUUCCAACCGCGGUUUUCAUAACUUUAGUCUCGCCAUCACGACUAAAUUAAGCCACAAUUUGGUAUCUGAGGUCUCAAACUGAAAUUUAUUUUUAUAAAUGAAUUUUAAAAGCAAAAACAUGGUCUAGUUCAUUUAAAAUUAACCUGCUGAUAGGCUUUGUGGAUGCUUUUUGCACACAUUCUCCUUGUAAGUGACUUGAGUAGGACGGGUUUUGAUGAAGCCAGGUUGAGGCGGCACUAUACACUGUCAUUUCUCGACUUGUGUGGCCCAUUCCGUGGCCAUCUUUAUGAUUUUGGUUCACUUGGCAGACCAGCCAAUCAAGUUGCCAGUCAUGUUUGGAAGCUCGGUUAAUGCACAUGCACAGCAGUUUCCUGAACGCUCUCUAGAACACACCUGUAGUCAGCACCGCUCACCAAAAGGCAGGGCAGUCACACUUCACACCACCUCACAAUACAGGAAUAUUUCUAUAGCGAAUUAACAGUAAUACCUCAGAACUGCCCUGGUAGUGGUUUUACGUGACUGAAAUUUAUAAAUUAGUAAAUGGCUUAAAAUUACUUACACUUACAAAAUAAACUUUACCAAUUGACUGAAGUAAUGCAUGUUAACAGUUUGUCUGUAUUUGCAUGUAAAAGUGGGCCACCAGAGAACCCUUACUGAUUAUGGAAACGUUUAAAGUUUUAAAGACUCUCACGUAAGAGCUUUAAACAUUAUAUUGAGUGAAUCUCAUUUAUAAAAUUUUGGUGUGGGCUUCCCUGGUGGCGCAGUGGUUGAGUCCGCCUGCCGAUGCAGGGGACACGGGUUCAUGCCCCGGUCCGGGAAGAUCCCACAUGCCACGGAGCGGCUGGGCCCGUGAGCCAUGGCCGCUGAGCCUGCGCGUCCAGAGCCUGUGCUCCGCAGCGGGAGAGGCCAUGGCAGUGAGAGGCCCGCGUACCGCAAAAAAAAAAAAAAAAAAAAAAAAAAUUUUGGUGUGAGCAGCUUCUAAACAAACCACCACCAGGAAGGGUGCAAGGGAGAUGGGGUGGUGUUUGUAUCCAUGCACAGACCAGACCUAGGAGAGUGUGCUUUUUAAAAUAAUGACUUGGGCUUCCCUGGUGGCACAGUGGUUGAGAGUCCGCCUGCCGAUGUAGGGGACACAGGUUCGUGCCCCGGUCCGGGAAGAUCCCACAUGCCGCGGAGCAGCUGGGCCCAUGAGCCAUGGCCGCGGAGCCUGCGCGUCUGGAGCCUGUGCUCCGCAACGGGAGAGGCCACAACAGUGAGAGGCCCGCGUACCGCAAAAAAAAUAAAAUAAAAAUAAAAUAACUAGUUUUUUACAGGUGUUUGUUAUUAAAACACAAGAAACUAAACCCCCUAAAUGAGAAUCCCGUCCACAUUCACAAGGCACAUAAAAUCUAGCACAUCUAGUCUUUGACUUCACUUCUCCAGGUUUGUGACACUGUGCAGGUUGUCUGGGCAUUGUGGGCACCUCUUAGCAGAGCGUCCACAGCACUAACAGGCUUUGCCAAGUGUAUUGAAGAGGUCAAGUGGGUGGUAGGUCUCCGUGGGACAGUUUGCAGAAAGUACAGUAGAAAAGGGCACACGGCACAGCUAAUAUUGUAGAAAUCAAAUCAGCAUCACUAUCUGGUGCCAAAACAAAUUCUUGCAUUUACCCCCUCCCUCAUCCAUGGCAUGUAUCCCCAGCACCUCAACCAAAUCGGGUAACUUCCAGAGGGUCAUUCACUGCCAGCCUGUGGGGCGUGGUUUCAGUCCUCAGCCUCCUUUGACCUGAGGCCUAGCUUCCUCCCUCCCUUCCUACUGGGAUAACACACCUUCCCAGGCCUCCUCUUUGUCCUGGUUGUUGGCACUUACUUCUGGUCUGACAACAACAGCAUCAUUGGCUGGCUGGUCUCCUGGAGCCUGAUGUAUCCCAGUGGGGGGCUUCACUUUCACCCUCUCCCUCCAGGCUCACACCCUCCCUUGCAUCCCCUGCCUCAUGAGCUCACCCUUCUCACAGCUGAACUUUCUGUCAGUUUAGGAUAGAUAAGAAAGCUUGUAAAUACUGUAAUAUAGUAAUUAAUAUUUGAAAGGCGUUCAUUCAGUGGACAAUGAGAAUUAACUCUCCCAAGACAAGUAAAAGUUAAAUCAAGUGAUUGAUUUGUACAUCGACUUAACAGUCUUACUAGAUUUCAAGUCUUAGGCCUUUCAAAUUAAACCAGAAAGUUGUUAUGUAGGAGUUUUUAAAAUGAUCUUACAUUUGAUGAGAUCCCAUGAACUCAUAAACUCAUGUCAUGUGAUUAGCACCGUGAGCUCAUACCAUGAAUUUUUUAAGGCUUUUAUUUUUCUAACUGUAUUAAUAAAUGUUGGACUGAUUUUAGGUGUCACAUAGGAGACAUGAAAGUUUUAAAUUAUGUUGCUGUUUGCUAAAGCAAAAUAGCAGACAAUUUUGUACAUGCAAAACUGCUGAAGGGCCGUGGGGAAAUGUGUACACGUUGACCUGGCUUCCUGUGUGUAAAAGUCAAGGUACUGCUGGCAUUCAGUGUGACAUGACAGUACUAAACGUUUUCCAUUAAAGUCUUUUAAAAUUUAUCGAGGGGAAAAUAAAUGACUUUACAUCAUA